AUGGAAACCAAACAAACUCGUAGUGGUCCUAAACCCAUGGGCGAUACAAUUCGCACCUUUUUUCCAUGCUUUGGCCGACGUGCUAAACCAGACGCAGAGAUCCGUGUCUGUGAUCGCGGCAGUAGUGAGCCCGUGGAGCUUGUUGAUGUCGAAGCCAACUUGUCUGCAGCAGCAAAAUCAGGACCUAAUUGGAGUCUACUGGAUACUGUAUUGGCUGGACUGGAGAAUGCGGUCGAGGUGUUUCCUCCUUUGCAAGCAGCACUUGGGGGAUUGCGCGAGGUUGUAGGGAACACAAAGGUAUCAGAGCGAAAUCGGACUGAAUACGAACAACUCGCAUCGGAAUUGCAAGCACAAGUCAGGGUUCUGAUCGACCACGUCGGUAGCGCCAACCCAACAUGGAUGCCUCACUCGAUCUCUAAGAUUGCAUAUUUAAUCCAAGCGGAAAUUGAGCUGAUUAAGACGCAACAAGAAAAGGGUAAAAUAAGUAGAAUCAGAAAUGCACUGGACGAGGAGACGGAGAUACAAAGCUAUCGAAAGGUUGACUCGCUUUUCCGGCAGCUUCAGAGUGAGGUAUCAUUCAGCACAUGGAGGUCCGUACAGGAUCAGCAUAUGACAUCCCUACUUCUCCCGGCGCCCAACGCCUGGUACGAUGCCGCGCUUUCAGCAGAAGCAUACCGUGGCGGCUGCACUCCUGGCACUCGCAAGCGUAUCAUCGACGACUUCUUAGACUGGGCAAGCAGUACUGAUACCUUCCACCUCUACUGGAUGAACGGCAUGCCGGGCACUGGCAAGACCACCAUCGCAUACACCCUCUGCCAGCAGCUUGAGUCCACCAAGCAGCUCGGUGCUUGCUUCUUCUGCUCUCGUAUCUCCCCCGACUGUCGAGACGUCAAUCGCAUAUUCCCAACUAUCGCAUAUCAACUCGCGCAGUACUCGAAUCCCUACCGAAACAAGCUAUUCGAGGUCCUGAGCGAAACUCGCAACAUCGCACAGAGAAACAUAAACGUCCAGUUUGAGAACCUGGUACUGAAGCCGCUUGCGUCGGUCAAGAAGGUGCUGCAGCGCGAUGUUGUGGUCGUGAUAGACGCGCUUGACGAAUGCUCGGACGGUGGGGAGCAGGUGCUGGCGUUGCUUGUCAAGGGUGCUGCGCAGCUGCCGAUCAAGUUCAUGGUCACCAGCCGACCGGACCCGAGUAUCUCGCGACAGAUGGACAUAGCUCGGGCUAGCUUGACUCAUCAAGUGUUCUAUUUACAUGAGAUCGAGAGGUCGCUUGUUCAGGAUGAUGUGAUCAUAUACCUCCGACAGGCGUUUGAACAGAAUGCGAUUCCAGCUUCCGCCCAGGAUAUCGAGCAACUUGCCCGUUAUGCGGGUAACCUAUUUAUUGUAGCGGCCACAACUGUACGAUACAUCCUCGGAAACGGAUCUAUACUAGCUACUUCUCACUCUCUAGAGCGAAUGGAAGCAGCCUUGAAGAUGAUCAAGACGGGGUCAGGUGCCAAAACCGCGUAUGAGGUGAUCGACUCAUUGUACAGGGGAAUACUGGAAGGUCUACUACAAAAGCUGGAAUCAAAUGAAAAGGAAGACGUAUGCCGAGUGCUAUGGGCUACGCUCUGUAUACGCGAGCCAGUAUCAGUCAGCACACUGUCAGCGGUAAUUGGAAUGCAAGCAAGCACCGUGGAGAGCAUCGUCAAGCUGCUUCAGUCCGUGCUUUACCUGUCCAACUCCACUGGGAUGGUAUCAACCCUGCACGCAUCAUUUCCUGACUUCAUGUUUAGCCAAGAUAGGGCCGCUCACUUGCACUGCGAUAGAAACUUACAGGAUGACAUGCUCUCUCGUAGCUGCUUUGGCCUGAUGGAAAGGCAGCUGAGGUUCAACAUCUGCGGGCUGGAAACUUCAUAUAGACGGGACAUGGAUGUACCGGGCCUUCAGAAUCGCGUGGACGAGUGUGUAAGCCCCGAGCUAUUCUAUGCGUGUCGAUAUUGGGUGGACCACCUACGAAGUAUACCAGUGUCGAAAGAAAGAGCGAGAAUAUUGAGAAGGUUCCUGUACGAUCAGCUACUAUACUGGAUCGAGGUCCUCAGCCUCAAGGGCUGGGUGUCAAACGCUAUGAGCUCGAUGAGCGAGGCUGAAAGGUGGCUGUCGGGCGACAUGGAUAAAAAUGCUGAAACAACAAACCUACAAACUGCAGUCCAUGACGCCCAGAGAUUGAUCAUAUCGUUCACAGCCAGUCCUGCCAUAAAGAGCAUGCCACAUCUAUACCUUUCGUCACUACCGGCUGCAUCCAAAGAUAGCGAAGUACUCAGAUAUCAUCAUAAGAGGUUUCGAGGGCUUUCAGACACACUGACAGGCCGUGCAUCAGAUAUCAGAGGAAGAAAUGAUGCACUCGUAACAUGGACGGUCGGACCUAUAGGUGGGAGCACAGAGGUUUCUCGUGAUGGUGCGCGCAUUGCAUCAUAUGGCACUGGUGGAAAUAUUCAGGUCUGGGACAUUAGACGCGCUGAGGUGGUUCUUGAUCUCGUCGGUGGCCACCCGCAGUCAGGAUAUAUUCAGUCAGCUGCAUUCUCCUCCAAAGGAUCGCACCUUGCCUCAGGGUCCAGAGAUGGGACCAUAUGCAUAUGGGACAUUACCAGCGGGGGCCUUCUGACCACCACCAUCCACUACCACCCUGGGUCAAUUAAUACACUUGCAUUUUCUCCUAGCGAUAGCAUGCUAGCAUCUGCUUCAUUCGACGGCACCGUCUGCCUUUGGAACCUUCGACCCACUGAGCAGCCAAGCAUAAAAUUCGAGUACCAUAAUGGCGAGGGGGACGUCUGCUUCUCUCCGGAUGGCACCCUCUUGGCGUCAGCUGGCCGUGGCCGUGUCAUCUACAUACGAAGCACACUGACCGGCGCACUUUCGAUCAGCCCACUCCAAGGACACAAUGCAGCUGUAGGCUGCGUGCGUUUCUCCCCAGACGGUCAGCGACUUGCAUCAUCGUCAAAGGACAUGACAGUUCGUAUGUGGAGUCCGCAUGACGGCACUCUGCUUGCUGGUCCAUUCCACGUGUCUAUGGAUGUCCACGGCUUUCAGCCAAUCUCGUUCUCGCCAGACCCACAAGGCACGUUGCUUGCCUGUCACACUUCCGUUAUCAACUCGGUACAUUUCUUGCCAGGUGGCACUCAGCUUAUAUCUAGCUCCGACGAUGGCACGAUCCGCAUCUGGGAAGCUCAGCAUAGUCAUAAGCAAUCCGACAUCGCACGGAAAGGACACACCAUGUACAUCAACUCGGUGGCAGUUUCGCCUGAUGGCACGCUCGUUGUUUCCGGCUCGGACGAUAUGAGUAUAUGCAUGUGGGAUGCAGUAUCUGGUGCACUCAUUCGACAGAUCCUAUACGCACACGACGGCUACAUCCAGUGUGUUGCGUUCUCUCUUGACGGCACAAUGAUCACAUCAGGCUCGACUGAUUGUAACAUACGCAUGUGGGACCCGUACAGCGGCGAGCCUAUGGAAGAUCUGCUCACCGGCCACACUGGUUGGGUUUGGGCCGUUAGCUUUUCGCCAGAUGGACGCAAACUUGUCUCAGGGUCUAGUGAUCAGACCAUCCGAAUAUGGGGCCUGCAGAAAGACGAGGUGACGAGUAGCUGUUUAUCUGGGCACAGAGAUCUAGUUCAUUCAGUCGUAUUCUCAUCCGAUGGGACGCAAGUGGCCUCUGGGAGUGUAGAUUGCCAUGUCGGUCUAUGGGAUGCGCAGCAGUCGAGCUUGGUCUGGAUGCGCAAGAGCCACACCGACACUGUUAACAUCGUGAAAUUCUCACCCAGCGGAGGUUUUGUUGCCUCUGGCUCGGAUGAUGGCAUGAUAUUGCUGUGGGAUGUGUCUGUUGGCAACAUAGCCGGUGCAAUGUCAGCCGCGCAGGAUCGCCGGGUUGAGUCCCUUUCGUUCUCUCCCGAUGGCCACAGCAUAGCUGUUGGAUCAUCCGACUAUUCAAUAGCCAUAUGGGACGUCGACUCAAGGUCGCUCAAGCAGUCGUUCGAGGGGUACAGUGGAGUUAUGUCUGUCGCUUUCACUCCCGACGGCAGAUAUGUCAUUGCUGGCUCGGAAGAUGCGUCUAUACACAAGUGGGACACUACGGCUAUACAAAACUCGACAAGCGAAGAAGCAUCAUGGGUUGCUCGUAAAGACGGAUGGGUGACCGACCAGAGCGAUCGGCUACUGCUUUGGCUCCCGCAUGACUUGAGAGGAAGGCUGUUCCUGGACCCGCGUAAUGUGUUCACUAUCCUGGCUGGCGAAGUCUUUGUCCCUAGAGCCCCCAGCCUUGAUGACUUUUGCUUCGGGGAUAGUACUCGAUCAUUAGCAGAGCCAACGACACCCGUUAGCACAACUGUGCCCACACCUAAUUCGACGACAGCACCGUCUUUGCUCCCAGAGUCUUCGUUCGCCCAGAGAUUCGCCGCUGAGAAAUACGAGAAGCCCCCAGUGACGCCUUUUUCUGAAUCCGAUAGCCUAUCUCCUACUCGACUCCCUGCCGGCACUCGACUUCCGCCAAUCUCUGACCCACUCCUCGACUUUACGGCCUCUCUCAUCCAAAAGCACGGAGAGCGAACCAAGGCCGCACGAACAGUAGCACAAGUGCUGGAGCAUAUUCAUAUCCUGACCGGUGGUGCCCCUCCUUUGCCUAUAUACCGCGAAGCAAUUCGACUGGUGAGCCCCAGCGUCAAAGUGGUAACUCUGAAGAAGCGCGCCAAGAAUCUGCCGACGCCUCGACCGUUGACGGAACGGCAGCGAACGAGGACUGGUAUAUUAGCCAUCUUUAAAGCGAGCGACAAACGGCCAGAGAAGCAUGUGUGGGAACGAGUUGGGAGGGAAUGUAUAAAUGUGCUGAGGGGUGAGAGUGAUGCGAUUAAGAAACUGGAAGAGGUGCACAGAUUUGCUAUGGCUAACCGUGCGAAUGCGUCUAUGGCCGGGGCAGUUGGAGGUGCUACUAGUUCGGCUGCGCUACAGAGGCGACGAGCUCUUGCCGGGAAAUCUGGCUACAGGGGUCUCGUCCAAAAUAGUCGAGUCUUCUUAAUUGCUGUUUUUGCAUCUCUUGGUGGACUUCUCUAUGGUUACAAUCAAGGUGUAUUUUCUAGUGUACUGGACAUGUAUUCUUUCAAUGCUCGUAUGGCAUCCGUAACCAACGACUCGGGAACAAAAGGUUGGCUCGUCGCAAUUUUGGAACUCGGCGCUUGGUUUGGUGUUCUGUGCACCGGUCAACUUGCGGACAAACUCGGUCGUAAACGCACCAUCCUGUUGGCCGUGGUGGUCUUCGUUAUCGGUGUGAUCAUUCAAACAGCGGCUUUCCAACCCGUCUCUAUUUUCGUAGGCAAGUGGGAAUAUUAA